AUGGACGCUGGCCCAGAAAAAUUUGUCACGGGGAGUCGCACAGUCAUGAAUGCGUUGCUAGUACGUGGUGAUGUGGUACCUGAUGAGAUACAACGCGUGCAAGACCUUGUGGAAUGUAUCGAUAAGAAUGCGCAGAAAAUUGCGGCGGCGUUAGCGGCCAACCGCCGACGAGGUGCCAGUAUCACAGGCGCCGAUACGACUGCGCAAUUGUUGAAGGAGCAGAAGGAGUUUAUUGCACAAAUCGCUGAGCUAUAUGAACAAUUGAGUAAUAAGCCAUCUCCAGUCCUAACGAGCUGA